GUCGCAUUAAACAACAGAAGCGGCCCAUUUCAGCAGUGAGUUGUUGCGGCCCUUCGGACAUUCGACUGAACAGGCACAUUGCCAGUCCGGGCCGACGCAUCCUUGGUAUUCACUGCAUCACACACAGACUCCCUAGAUAAUGACUGGGCGUGGUCUGUGUGACGGCAUGGUCACACACAGUCCCCACCCCCCGGAAGGCAGGAAGCUCACACAACCAAAACACAACAGGGAAGAGGCGAGAAGGUGGCAGAGAAGCUUCUUGGAACCUCCCGAGGGAGGACCUGAAAGCAAUAGAAAUGAAUCCCGAUGAACUCAGCCUAAAUGCAAUGACCAUAAAUCCAAAAUCAAUUGAUCUUCGGCAGCAUGAGGAACGUGUACGCUCUGAUAGCCUGAGCAGCACGGGUUCCUAUGGCAAGUUUGUGCUGCGGCAGAGAGUGGCCCAGCUUAUGACUUGCAUGGAAGACGUAAGCUCUGAUGAGGACCUUCAUGAAGAACUCUCCCGCUCUAUAGACCAGGCUUUCUUGAUCUGUGGCAGAAAGAUGGUGCCAAAGACUCUGGAUUUCAGGCUGCACUUGGUUACUUGGAAUGUGGCUACAGCAUCCCCCCCUCGAGAUGUUCGCUCUCUGCUUCAGUUGGAUAUCCCAGGUUCAGAUAUUGAUAUGUACAUCAUUGGCUUGCAAGAAGUAAAUUCAAAAGUUCUGAACUUUCUAUCAGAUUUAGCAUUUGAUGAUCCAUGGAGUAUCUAUCUCAUGGAUAUUUUAGCUCCCCACGGCUAUGUCAAGCUCUCCUCUAUCCGACUGCAAGGCCUCCUUCUCCUGACCUUUGUAAAGCACCAACAUAUUCCCUUCGUGCAGGACAUUCGUACCAAUUACAUUCGCACCGGCUUGUUUGGCUACUGGGGAAACAAAGGGGGCGUAACAGUCCGUAUGUCAGUGUAUGGGCACAUGGUUUGCUUCAUGAACUGCCAUUUGCCGGCACACAUGGAAAACACCAACCAGAGGCUUGAUGAUUUUGAAAGGAUGCUGGACACUCAGCAGUUUGAUGACGAUAAUACUGGAAACAUUCUAGAUCAUGAUCUUGUGUUUUGCUUUGGAGACCUAAACUUCAGGAUUACAGACUUUGGGAUCCACUUUAUUAGAGAAGCAAUAAACAGUAAUAAAUACAACCUGCUGUGGGAAAAAGAUCAGUUAAAUAUUGCUAAGAAGAAAGAACAGUUUCUGCAAGGAUUUCUGGAAGGUCCACUAAAGUUUAAACCGACGUAUAAGUUUGAUCAGAACUCUGAUGUUUAUGAUACCAGAUGGAAGAAGUCACUUUUUGGACUUAACAGCAAGAAGCGUAAGCCAGCAUGGACAGAUCGUAUUCUUUGGAAGUUGAAGGACGUUUCAGGUAGUGACCCUGGUGAAACCACCGGUUCAGACUUUGAAGAGUUUUUAAAAGUCAGUUUGGAUAAAUACACAAGUCACAUGAGCUAUGGCAUCAGUGACCACAAACCAGUAACUGGGACCUUCACCUUGCAGUUGAAGCCCCUCAUCCUUACACCUUCUGUUACACUGAAACCUGAAGGGGAAUGGAACGCAGACCAUGAUUCCUUGAUAAGCUAUUCAGUGGCAAAAGACUUUCCCAGCAGCACCUGGGAUUGGAUUGGUCUUUACAGGGUUGGCUUUAGACAUACAAAUGAUUAUGUCACUUACGCUUGGGUUAAAGAUGAUGAAAUUUCCUUUAGUGAAGACUGUAAUCAGGUUUACAUGAAUGCAGAUGAUAUUCCUCUCGACGGAGGAGAAUUUCUUCUUUGCUAUCACUGUCAUAAUUUACAGUGUUUAGCAGGCAUUAGCCAACCUUUCCAGAUUCGGCCUGGUCGAAACUUAGGCCUGAAGGAAGAAGAAAACCGAGAGAGCCCUUUCAAAACCGAAAGUCCCAUGGGUCCAGACUUUUAGAGCUCACAUUCUGACUUGAUAUCCAGUGAGGGAAGAUCCAUUUCUUUCCCAAAAUAUUUUUCCUGUUCUGCUUCCAUGUCUCACUACUGUAACUUGUUGAUUGUGAGCAACAUUCUGUCAGAUCUUUGCUUAAUGGCAGCAAAUUCUGUUCCAGGACUCCGGCCCUGCGCAUGCUUCUCCCCACUGGAUGCAGUGAGACAGAUAUGGACUUUAUUAGGAAGUGUUUCAAGCUGAUUUUAUAAGAAGAGUUUUCGUUAUAGUAAAUUUUAAUUUAUUAGUCGUAACUGCCUUGUAGAAGGUUGUUUUGGUACUGAGCUAAUUACGUACCUGAGACUUGUAAAUGUCUCCUUAUGUCACUAGUUUACAGUUUAAUCAGCCUUGCUUUGGUGCACUUAGUAAUUGCCUGCUAAUAGGCAACAUAGUAACUGACAAAGUAAUGACCUUGUAGCCCCUGAAUCUGUGAAUGUCUUUCACCAGACCCUGUAGCUGUUCAGAUAGCAGAGGUUUAUGCAAGGUUCUGGCUACAGGAAUAUCAAGCCCAGAUAAUUGCUGGAGACAAAUGCAGCAGCUCUGGAAGAAUGUUCUGAAAUGGUGGUAAGAAAACGUCCUAUAUUUAAUUGCCUAUAGCAUUUCUGCUGUACAUUAGGUUCUACUACUGUUAUUAGUCCCAACUACUGUUUGUAUGUGACUUAUUGUCUGAAACGCCUUGCACUUUCCAUAUGUUCCUGAGCAGAAGAGUAAGUGCUGCCAGUGAUGUUAUCAGCUGUGUCUUUUAAUGCUACACGUGGCCUUAUGGACAGAGUUACCCACCAUGAAAACCAUAGCUGUAUGCGCACACGUUUACAUGAUAAAUAAGGUGUGGAACCUUGUAUGGGCAUUUCUUACAUUCCGAAUGUACCACUUUGAAGUGCACGGCACAAGUCUGCCGGCCCAACACAUUAUUGCAUCCUUGCUUGUGUUCUUCAUAUCAUGUGACGUCACUUUCGAAAAGGAAUAUACUAAAGGUAUAGGUUAUUUGGUGCACAGAACAUCCCUUUGCUGCUUAUUUGCCUUAAAAAGUGUGGGAGCUGCCUUAAAUCUAAACAUUCUCCACUGAGAACAACAGGCCAACAAUGCUGGUUUAUGAAUAGACAUGAGUCAUAUUAUGUAUUCGUAGAAACUACCCUCAACUGCUCAUGUGGUACAGGCCAUAUUACUAUAGCUGGAAUAAAGGUAAUGAAGUAUAUUUUCAUUUUUUUAAAGGGCAACAGUAUAGUAAAAGUUCAGCUUCUCAGUUGUGUGUCUGCUAGAAGCUUUACUAAACAAAUCUUCGUUCCUACCUGCUUUGGUCUGUGCCCAUGUCACAUUCUUUUGCAUCACAUCAAAAUCUGAGAUACAAGGCUGUGCCCUGCAAAACCUUUGUAACCUCCAGGGAGUGGUUUUAAUUUUUGGAAUGGGAGUUAUACCUAUUUAUUCAUCUAUAAGCUCACACACACUUUCUCCAUGGAGCAGUAUGACUGCUCCCACCCAUACUGUUCUGUAGAUACACAUACAAAGGAAUUUUCUGUGCAAGAAGCUAUACCCUCAACAUACACCCUACUUAUAAUUGAUAUCAUAAAUUUUAAGGUUGUUUCAUAUCCAAAAAAAGUAAGAUGUUUUAAUAGAUGUCUUGCAAUUUACAUCACAUUUUUAAUGCUUAAAGCUGCUCUAGUGUGCCCUUCCAUUCCCUGGUAAUUUUAUCUUUACGGUUUGUUUUUAAUUACAAAUGUACUUGUUCCUACAGGAUUUUAGCUUCAGAUAACAAGUCAUUCAUAUGAUAUUUAGUAGUGUUUUGCUUUUAUGGACAUAUCAUUUGCAUGGUCCUCUAUUUGCCCUUCCUCCCAAACCCUGUAUUUAUUAGUUUGUUAAUUUUAUGGACCUAAUCCUUUAAAACUGAUCAGAAUGGGCAGCUACGGACUAAUUACAAUCAUCAGUUGUGGAUUCAUUAUACAAUCCAUAGGAAUUUCAGUUUGCAGACUGUGACAGUUUUGCACAUGUAACUAUAGGAACCAUUGGGGUGUAUGUUGUUAUUGUGAUGUUAUAUGUAGUGCGUGCUGGAAUGCCUUUUCUGUAGGGUUCGCUCAUCAGAUACAUGCAAUCAUAUUGCAAAUAAAGAGAAUUUUAAUUGUGCUGCUUGCCAUAUGUAUGUGCGAAUACAUGUAUUCCUCUGGAUUAGACACAAUGUAACAUUAUAAAAUAGGUCAGUGGCUAUUUGCAUUCAAAAAGAAAAUGAAAUAGUAUCAAAAGUUGAAAAUAACGUUUUUGAUAUGGGACCCAAAUAAAUGCCAUUUCUGAUCAA